GAAAAGUCAGUGUUACAGUGUUGUCAGCAUUGUCACUUCAGUUUUGUUGGUUAGGUGCAAGUUUUAACGUGAAACUAUUUCAAUUAAGAAGGAUGUCGAAACCUAUAAUUUUUGUCACGAGCAACGCAAAGAAACUAGAAGAGUUUAUUGCUAUUUUAGGAAAAAAUUUCCCUCGGCAGAUAACGAGCAAAAAAAUCGAUCUACCCGAAUAUCAAGGCGAAAUAGAUGACAUAUGUCGAGAUAAAUGUCGAGCCGCGGCGAACCUGGUGAAAGGUCCGGUGAUUAUCGAGGAUACCUGUCUUUGUUUUAACGCAUUGAAGGGUCUUCCGGGGCCUUAUAUUAAGUGGUUUCUUGAGAAGCUGGGCCCCGAAGGUCUCCACAAGAUGCUCGAUGGAUGGGAAGACAAAUCAGCGGAAGCGGUUUGCACAUUUGCCUACCAUUCCGGUGAAACUGACAACGAGGUGCUCCUAUUCCAAGGUCGAACUCAAGGCAUCAUCGUGAGUCCACGAGGUCCUAGAGAUUUCGGCUGGGAUCCUUGCUUUCAGCCGCUAAAUUACGAUAAGACCUACGCGGAAUUGCUAAAGGAAGAAAAGAAUAAAAUCUCUCAUCGCAGCAAGGCACUGGAAAAAUUAAAAGAUUAUUUUAUAAACAAUGACAAGAUAUAAUCGUAUUCGCACAAUAAAGUUAUUAUCUCUCCCAUGAA